AGCCUGCCCCGCCCCCGGCGGGACGGCCUGACUCUGUGACCUCGAGCUUGUCCGCUGUUGGGUCUGGGUCAGCGACUGUGCGCUCACCCGUGCCUUCCUCCCCCAAGCCCCUGCCUGUCUCACUCUGUUCGCAACCCGGGGUCCCAGCGCAAGUUAGCAACCUUAAGCAGUCCUGAACCCGGGCCAGGGUAGCCAGCGUUGAGCGCCUCUCCCUGUGACCACACAGUGCUCAGCAGAUCUGCUAUGCUCUCCUGAACCAGCAGACACUUGAGAGGCAUCCUAAGGUACCGGUUAGGUGAUCAUGACAGACAAAGCCGUGAAGGGAGGCGAUUGCAGAAAUCCAGGUAAGAAGACUUCCGAGAUGAGUUUGAGGAAGUAGGAAGACAAGGCUGAAUCCUGGGGGUGGCAAGUGAGGCCUGAAGCUGAACUCUGUGGUUUCUCCCUAGCCCAGGCAAGACCCCCGCCCCCACCAGGAUGUCAGGCCUGGUAUUGGGGCAGCGGGAUGAGCCUGCAGGACACCGGCUUAGCCAAGAGGAGAUCCUGGGCAGUACCAGGUUGGUGAGCCAAGGGCUGGAGGCCCUACGCAGUGAGCACCAGGCUGUGCUGCAGAGCCUGUCCCAUACCAUUGAGUGUCUGCAGCAGGGAGGCCAUGAGGAAGGGCUGGUGCACGAGAAGGCCCGGCAGCUGCGGCGCUCUAUGGAGAACAUCGAACUGGGACUGAGUGAGGCCCAGGUGAUGCUGGCUCUGGCCAGCCACCUGAGCAUGGUGGAGUCGGAGAAGCAGAAGCUGCGGGCUCAAGUCCGGCGGCUGUGCCAGGAGAACCAGUGGCUCCGGGACGAGCUGGCAGGCACUCAGCAGCGGCUGCAGUACAGUGAGCAGGCUGUGGCUCAGCUAGAGGAGGAAAAGAAGCACCUGGAGUUCCUGAGGCAGCUGCGCCAGUACGACGAGGAUGGGCACAGCAUGGAGGAGAAGGAAGGAGAUGCCACCAAGGAUUCCCUGGAUGACCUCUUCCCCAACGAGGAGGAGGAAGACUCCAACAACGACUUGUCCCGUGGCCAGGGUGCUACAGCAGCCCAGCAGGCCGGAUAUGAGAUCCCAGCAAGGCUGCGGACCCUGCACAACCUGGUCAUCCAGUAUGCAGCUCAAGGACGCUAUGAGGUGGCUGUGCCCCUCUGCAAGCAGGCACUAGAGGACCUGGAGCGCACCUCCGGCCGAGGACACCCUGAUGUGGCUACUAUGCUCAACAUCCUGGCUUUGGUGUACCGGGACCAGAAUAAGUACAAGGAGGCUGCCCACCUGCUGAACGAUGCCCUCAGCAUCCGGGAGAGCACCCUGGGCCGGGACCACCCAGCCGUGGCUGCCACCCUCAACAAUCUGGCUGUGCUGUAUGGCAAAAGGGGUAAAUACAAGGAGGCAGAGCCAUUGUGCCAGCGGGCACUGGAGAUCCGAGAAAAGGUCUUGGGCACUGACCACCCAGAUGUGGCAAAGCAGCUAAACAACUUGGCCCUCCUGUGUCAAAACCAGGGCAAGUACGAGGCAGUGGAACGCUAUUACCAGAGGGCGCUAGCUAUCUAUGAGAGCCAGCUAGGGCCUGACAACCCUAAUGUAGCUCGGACCAAGAACAACCUGGCGUCCUGUUACCUAAAGCAGGGCAAGUACUCAGAGGCUGAGACUCUGUACAAAGAGAUCCUGACCCGUGCCCACGUGCAGGAGUUUGGAUCUGUGGAUGAUGACCACAAGCCUAUCUGGAUGCAUGCUGAGGAGCGGGAGGAAAUGAGCAAAAGACGGCACCGGGAGAGUGGCAUACCCUAUGCGGAGUAUGGAGGGUGGUACAAGGCCUGCAAAGUAAGCAGCCCCACAGUGAACACUACUCUAAGAAACCUAGGGGCUCUGUACAGGCGCCAAGGAAAGCUGGAGGCGGCUGAGACCUUGGAGGAAUGUGCCCUGCGUUCCCGGAAACAGGGUACUGACCCCAUCAGUCAGACCAAGGUGGCAGAGCUGCUUGGGGAAGGCGAUAGUAGAAGGACCUCCCAGGAGGGCCCUAGGGACAGUGUGAAAUUCGAGGGAGGUGAAGAUGCAUCAGUGGCUGUCGAGUGGUCAGGGGAUGGCAGUGGCGCCCUGCAGAGGAGCGGCUCUCUGGGAAAGAUUCGGGAUGUGCUUCGUAGAAGCAGCGAACUCCUGGUGAGGAAGCUCCAAGGGACUGAGCCUCGGCCAUCCAGCAGCAACAUGAAGCGGGCAGCCUCGCUGAACUACCUGAAUCAACCCAGUGCAGCCCCACUCCAGGGUUCCCGGGGCCUCAGUGCCAGCACGAUGGACCUUUCUUCAAGCAGCUGACAUUCAAACAACCCCCAUGCUCCCCUCAGCCCUCACAGCAAUCCCCCACUGCUCCUGUCCCUUCCCCAACCCAAAUGGGAAGGUGAAGAAGGAGCAGUUUAACCGGAAGAUUGCUGCCUCCAGAGUCUAGGCUCCUUCCUCAGGAAUGCCCCUUUGGAAGGGACUCAGGUUAUGUUCUCUACUUUGGAGUCCUCUAGAGUAGCUCACUGAGGCUCCAAGGUGGGUGAAAGGCAGGUAUGCACCUCCAGGGUGUGCCUGCUGCUGGUUUUUCUGUCAGAGGGUUUGGGGCUGGCUUCUUUCAUCCCCUGCCCUCUGCUGCCUCACUUCAGGUCCAUGUAUUUCACGAUGUUUCUGUAAUAAAAGAAUCAGGUAACCUUU